AUGACACCGUUUAUAAUCAUCCACUGGAGGAACAUAAACCAUCAUCAUAAAUUCAUCAUCAACCCUUGGACCCCACUACAAGGACAUCAGGACGCGUUUCAAUCGAGAAUCAUCCACUGGAGGAACAUAAACCAUCAUCAUAAAUUCAUCAUCAACCCUUGGACCCCACUACAAGGACAUCAGGACGCGUUUCAAUCGAGAAUCAUCCACUGGAGGAACAUAAACCAUCAUCAUAAAUUCAUCAUCAACCCUUGGACCCCACUACAAGGACAUCAGGACGCGUUUCAAUCGAGAAUCAUCCUCUGGAGGAACUUAACCAUCAUCAUAAGUUCAUCACCAACCCUCGGACCACUUCAAGGACAUCAGGACGCGUUUCAAUCGAGGGACAUCUCUCAUCGUGGGAGAUCGUCGUCGCAGAUCAUCGUCGCGGACAACGGGGGACCAUUUCUAACGGGUGCGAAUAGCUCCCAACGGUGAGGGUCAUCUUCCAAUGGCUGGAACCAUCUUCCAAUGGUAAGAAGUCCCUUUCAACAGCCAAGAUCGUCCCUCGCAGGUAAGACUUGUCCCUUUGCGGACAGGAACACCUUCAAGUGGUUUGAGGGUGAUCCCGUCUGCGGGAG